GUUAAUUUGUCAUAUGGACCCACAAACUGAGCUGGAAAUUGUCUAUUAGCGUAUGUGGGCGGUUUCCUCCCUAUCGAGGCGAGAUUCAGUGAACCCCUGGCUUCACGGGGUGCGUGAACCCUCCAAUUGGAGGCGUGCACGUAGCCUCUUCGAGUCGUGCACGAAACCUCAAUCGUUGUUAGCUUUAAAUAACCGUUGUUGAACCGGGCGUGACGAAAACAAAAUCAAUCGAGACUCGAGACUCGAGAGCUCUCCAUCCCUUCAUUUCAUCUCCCUCUGUUCCCCUCCCCCCAUUUUCGAGUCACUCGAGCCAUAGUUCAGGAACACAGAAACCGGUGACAUCCUCACUGAUUCACCGACCUGCGGUGAAUCAUUCAACCAUAUCCGGUGGUAACCGGGUGAAUCAUUCAACCAUAUCCAGCGGCAAUCAGCGGCAAGCGGUAAGACCCUCCGGUCACCGGCGGCAUCCUAACAAGCAAAACAACAUGAAAUAGUUGGAGAAGGAGAAGAAAAUUACAUUUGAGAAGAAGAAAAUCACAUUUACCGCUAUUUUGAAAAUUACAUUUCAAAACAGGGUUCCAAGUCCGUCGGAGGAGAAGCCACUUACCGGAGGGUCUUACUGCUUGCGGCUGGAUAUGGUUGAAUGAUUCACCUGGUUACCGCCGGAUAUGGUCGAAUGAUUCGGUGAGGAUGUCGCCGGUUUCUGUGUUCUCGUGCCGCCCGGUUUCCGCCCGGUUCAAUCGAUUAACGGUUACUUAAGCUAAUGGCGAUGGAGGUUUCGCGCAUGACUCGAAGGGGCGACGUGCACGCCUCCUAUUGGAGGGUUCACGCGCCCCGUGAACCAGGGGUCCAAAGAAUCUCGCCUCCCUUAUCAGUUAUCACAUACAGACAGGGCAUGUGCCUUAGUCAACUAAAUCAUAAAAAAAUAGCAAGAAAAAAAUGAUAGAGAUAGCGUUUAAGAGAGAAACAGAAAGAAGAAGAAGAAGAAGAACAAGAAGAAGAGGAGGAGGAGGAGUUGUAUGGAAAAAGGGCCGAGUGAUGUCGCAGGGUGCUGUCAUUAGUUAUCUUCUCAAGAAGUUUGCGAACGAAGCAGGACUGCUGACUAAAGUAGGGAAAGAAGUCGAAGGAUUGCGGUCUGAGCUGGAAUUCAUAAAUGCCUUUCUAAAUGAAGCUGAUAAAAGGGGAGAGACCGAUGAAGUAAUAAAAACCUGGGUGAAACAAGUAUGGGAUGUAUCUUACGACAUCGAAGAUGUUCUUGACGAGUUUGUUCUUCGAAUCAAACGAUUCCAUGGCCGUGGUUUCAUUCAUUCUCUGCAGAAAACAGUUCAACGUGCCAAGGAGAUUAAACGCCGACAUCAAAUAGGCACUCAGUUAAAAGAACUUAAUAAAAGGGUCCGUGAAAUAAGAGAGAGAUGCGAUAGAUAUAGUUUUAACACCCCAAGAGGAGGAGAAAACUCCAACGAUGCUGGGUUUAGUAGGCGAAUGUCUUCUCGAUUCAACGAAGAAACUCAACUAGUAAGCAUCGAUAGGCCCAGUGAACAACUGAUUGGCUGGCUAGAAAAAGGAGAAUCAAAACUCACAGUGAUCUCUGUGGUUGGCAUGGGAGGAAUAGGCAAAACAACCCUUGUCGAAAUGGUUUUUAACAAGGUGGAAGAGCAUUUUGAUUGCCAUGCUUGGAUCACCGUAUCAAAGUCUUUAGUAUUGAGAAGAUCAUGAAACGAAUGAUAGAGCAAUUGUACACAGAAAGAAAAGAGUUACCUCCUCAAGGACUCGAUACAAUGGAAAAGGACAAGAUGAUGAAAUUACUGCACGAUUACUUACAGUCGAAGAGGUACGUAGUUGUCUUAGAUGAUGUUUGGACUAGUAUCAAGGUCUUAGAAGACACAAUGAUCAAGAUAAAAUGUGACAAAACAUUGCAAGGCGUUAAUAAUUUUGCUCACAAAGAGCAAAUUAAACUUAAAAAAAGGAAGAUGAAAAACAUUGGUGAGAGUUAUGUGAUUAUUUAGGGGUGUGGUCCCAAUGAGGGAGAUGGGAGUGGAGGUCCCAUCAAGUAAAGUGAUGCAAGAAGAUGUAGUAGGUGGAUGAGCGCUAUGAAUGAGGGUGGGGUUUGAGACCAUGUGGUCCGUAGCCCCAAUGUCAAUGACUCAAGAUGCAUGUGGCCCAAAUGACAAAAGACUCAAAUGGUUACCUACGAAAUUGGCAGCAGGAGAAAGGGGCUUCGUGUCUUUAAGCAAUUUGAGAAGCUGGUUGUACUGCUCCAUUGUUAACUGAGGUGUGGAUGGUUGAUUA